AUGACGCGGUCUCUCGACGACGAUAUCUCUCUGUUGAAUUCCCUGUUGUCUCAGGAUAACCUCGAUGAGUCGGAUGAGGCUAGUAUUGCAGAGCUCAUGCAACGUCUGGAAAGUGCCGAUGGGGUAGCCAAGGGCAUGGAGAGUAAGCUGGAUGAUUUAUUGGGGAAUUUGGAUACCCUUCUUGCUGUCCUCGAGAAGAAUGAGCCUGUGGAGAAGCAGGAAGAACCUCAACCUCAGAACAGUAUUCUGAACGAUUACCAACCUCCGCCAAUAGAUAUCAAUUAA